AUGGAGAAGCGCAUUUUGAAACCCGAUACCAAUCGGCGAUACUCUGUCCACAGGCGGCCUCGGCUGUUGGGAUUCGCUACGGGGACGGCAAUGUGGGUAUCGAGCGCUGCGACAAGCACUUCGAUUCUCGCAUUGCAACCUCAAUCAAGCGGGAACGAUCGUCUCAGGACAUGGCAAAGCUUUGUUACUCAGCGAGUAAAAGACAUACCCGACUCGGUACUCUUCACUGGCAUCGCUCUCUGCUCGGCACUCUAUGCUGCUUCUUGCAUGCACGUAUACCACACAGCCCCAAGACUUCGAUCCUAUAACUCUUUCUCGCAUUUUCGGGUAUUGUGCUGGGCUAUUCGAUACGCGAACUUCGGUGGCAGGAUGUCACGAAAAGCUAUGUUGAUGUCGUUGAGCGCAGGCGUGACGGAGGAUGACUUUCAGUCGGUUAAUGAAGCUUGUACAGCUGUCGUUGACGACCGAACGAGCGACCAAUCUCUUCCGCCAACCGCUAUCGCAUCUCGGCCCACAUCGAGGGCGAACCAGGGCUCAUCGUCUGGGCCCACGCGCAGUGAGAAGCGUAGGGUAUUUUUCCGCAGAUACCUCGAUCCAAAUAACAGAAAUCGGAUGCGCCCGAAUAACAUGAGGGACACAAGCGGAAUGCAGAGAAGUGCUCAUGAGCAACGCACCCAGUCUAGCAGGCUGAGUGAGAACACAAGGAGCAAUACCCAAGGACGUACGUUACAUGCUCAAAGCACUCCCAGUUCCCACUAUCUUCCAGUGCCAACGACUCAAAUCUAUAACGUGCACUACCACUAUCAGGUAGCACCAUACCAGGUUGGUCUUGGCCCAUAUACACCUGUCCAGUUCCAGCCAGUUGUUCCCAACCAGUCGCAAAACCCAAGAUCAAUACCCCAUACGAGCGCUUGGCCUAUCGUCGCGCAUGGCGCUCACGAACAAGCCGUAGGCUCGCAGGGCCGACCGCAACCGCAAAUACAAGCACAGCAACAGGCCCUCGGAGCAGCUUCCGCUGUAGCACAGCAGCAAGGCUUGAACUUCAUUUCACGGCCGAUUGCCAGCUCCGACCAUAGCCACUUCCCUCAUGUGGGUGUCGCCAUCACACCUCCCUCGAGCGCCAACGCAGAGCCGAGACUCAUUACGCGAACGCAAACCAUGCCAAUUCGGACGGCCAUAUAG